UCUCCGGGCUCUGAAACUGACACGAGGCGCCGCCGCAGUUUUGCGGGGAGGCUCAAAAGGGACGUGCGCGGCCGAGGCGGCGGCAGACUAAGUUGGAGCCCUCCUCAAACCCCCCUCGUGGACCGAUCGAGGGGGCCACGGCGGAGGGGGCCCUGCCGAGCCUCCCCUUUUGCUGCUCGACCCACCAUCUUUGCGUGCCGGGGGCUUGGGGGCGGCAGGGGUUGGAGUCUCAGCCCGUCGCUCGCAAGCCCAUGAGCCCUUCCAGUCUGGGGUGAAGGGGGCCCCGAGAGAAGGUUGAGAGGGGGAAAGGAGGGGGGAAUCCCACCAGUUUUCCGAGCCUUUCCUGCCCCGCGGCCACUGGUGCGCCCAUGCCCGCCUUGUCAGUUUCGUUUUAGGAAUUGAACUGCAGGGGCUUUAAAAAAAAAUAUGGGGCAGCCGGUGCCUCCAACUCUCUUCCUUUUGCUGGUGGGGCUUCUGAGAGAGUCUCGGGGAGGAUUUCCAAAUACCAUCAGUAUAGGAGGGCUGUUCAUGAGAAACACGGUCCAGGAGCACAGUGCAUUCCGAUUUGCUGUACAGUUAUACAACACAAACCAAAAUUUCACAGAAAAACCUUUCCAUUUGAACUAUCACGUGGACCACCUGGAUUCCUCCAACAGCUUUUCGGUCACCAAUGCAUUCUGUUCACAGUUCUCCAGAGGAGUCUAUGCCAUCUUUGGAUUCUAUGACCAGAUGUCGAUGAAUACACUAACAUCGUUUUGUGGAGCACUGCACACAUCAUUCAUCACUCCCAGUUUCCCGACCGAUGCGGAUGUGCAGUUUGUCAUUCAAAUGCGGCCAGCUCUGAAAGGAGCCAUCUUGAGCCUUCUGACAUAUUACAACUGGGAGAAAUUUGUGUACCUCUAUGACACAGAAAGAGGAUUUGCCAUUCUCCAGGCAAUUAUGGAAUUCGCCGUGCAAAAUAACUGGCAAGUGACAGCUCGAUCUGUGGGAAGUAUAAAGGAUGUUCAAGAGUUUAAGGCAAUCAUUGAGGAAAUGGACAAACGACAGGAGAAAAGAUACUUGAUAGACUGUGAAGUAGAAAGAAUAAAUACCAUUUUGGAGCAGGUUGUAACCCUGAGUAAACAUUCCAGAAGCUAUCACUACAUGAUUGCUAACCUGGGGUUCACAGAUAUUUCCGUGGAAAGAGUGGUACAAGGAGGUGCCAACGUGACUGGGUUUCAGAUCAUCAACAAUGAAAACCCCAUGGUCCAGCAGUUUAUGCAACGCUGGGUUAGACUGGAUGAAAGGGAAUUUCCAGAAGCCAAAAAUUCACCGUUAAAGUAUACAUCUGCACUGACCCACGAUGCCAUACUAGUCAUAGCAGAAGCGUUCCGGUACCUCCGAAGGCAGCGUGUUGACGUCUCCCGGAGAGGAAGUGCUGGAGACUGCUUAGCAAACCCGGCUGUGCCUUGGAGUCAAGGAAUCGAUAUAGAAAGAGCACUGAAAAUGGUUCAAGUGCAAGGAAUGACUGGAAAUAUCCAAUUUGAUACCUAUGGACGUAGAACUAAUUAUACAAUUGAUGUGUAUGAAAUGAGACCUGGUGGACCGCGGAAGGCUGGUUACUGGAAUGAAUAUGAAAGAUUUGUGCCCGCAAUUGACCCAUCUGUGUCUAAUGACACUUCGUCGGUAGAGAACAGGACCAUUGUAGUCACCACCAUCCUCGAAGCUCCUUAUGUAAUGCGCAAGCAGACCCCUGACCAAAAAGAAGGAAAUGAAAAAUACGAAGGUUAUUGUGUAGAUCUUGCUUAUGAAAUUGCAAAACAUGUUGGAAUAAAAUAUGAACUUUCCAUUGUUCCUGAUGGUAAAUAUGGAGCGAGGGAUCCUGACACAAAGAUGUGGAAUGGCAUGGUGGGUGAGCUGGUCUAUGGGAGAGCCGACAUUGCCGUGGCCCCACUCACCAUAACAUUGGUCCGAGAAGAAGUCAUUGAUUUUUCCAAGCCUUUCAUGAGUCUGGGCAUCUCUAUCAUGAUCAAGAAGCCCCAGAAGUCUAAGCCGGGUGUCUUCUCUUUUCUGGAUCCUUUGGCUUAUGAAAUAUGGAUGUGUAUAGUCUUUGCUUACAUUGGUGUCAGCGUGGUUCUUUUCCUAGUCAGUCGCUUCAGCCCUUACGAGUGGCAUUUGGAAGACAACCAAGAAGAACCCCGAGACCCUCAGAACCCUCCUGACCCUCCAAAUGAGUUUGGAAUAUUUAACAGCCUUUGGUUUUCCCUGGGUGCCUUUAUGCAGCAAGGAUGCGAUAUUUCUCCAAGAUCUCUCUCAGGGCGAAUUGUUGGAGGCGUCUGGUGGUUCUUCACACUCAUCAUUAUCUCUUCCUACACUGCCAACCUCGCUGCCUUCCUCACAGUGGAAAGGAUGGUGUCUCCCAUCGAAAGCGCUGAAGAUUUGGCUAAACAGACCGAAAUAGCCUACGGGACUUUGGAUUCAGGCUCAACCAAAGAAUUUUUUAGAAGAUCCAAAAUAGCUGUGUACGAGAAAAUGUGGUCAUAUAUGAAGUCGGCAGAGCCAUCAGUCUUUGCCAAAACGACAGCAGACGGGGUGGCCCGCGUGAGGAAAUCAAAGGGGAAGUUUGCCUUUCUGCUUGAAUCGACCAUGAAUGAGUACAUUGAACAACGAAAGCCCUGUGACACAAUGAAAGUUGGUGGGAACCUGGAUUCCAAAGGCUAUGGUGUAGCAACUCCCAAAGGCUCAUCAUUAAGAAAUGCUGUUAACCUGGCAGUAUUAAAACUGAAUGAGCAAGGCCUCUUGGACAAAUUGAAAAACAAAUGGUGGUACGACAAAGGAGAGUGCGGCAGCGGGGGAGGUGACUCCAAGAACUCCUGUAAACCUUGCAGUAUUGAAACUCAGUGAACAAGGCAUCUUAGACAAGCUGAAAAACAAAUGGUGGUACGAUAAGGGUGAAUGUGGAGCCAAGGACUCCGGAAGUAAGGUCAGUUGCUGAAGGUCUUUUUGUACUGAUUAGCAAUCACAUUUUUUUUUGACCCAACUGUUUUAUUUUAUCCCAAAUGGCUUUCCAAAGUUACUUUUUACAUUCCGAAGGUUCAUGGGGCAACAGGAAAAGGCAGGGCAUCAAUGGAAAAGGAGAAAAUCAUCAAAAGGUCAGGAAAAGUGACCGCAUUUCACUUUUGCAGUAUCAAAGGUGUUAGUUACAAGUCCAUUUUUUAUAACCUAGUUGGGUUUUCCCCUCAAAAUUAAAGCCCCCCCCCCCAUAUUAGCAUCUCCAUUUAAAAUAGACACAUUCCAUUUGACUCAACUGUUUGCUUUAAGCUUCCCGAAGCCCUCCUACAAGUUCACAUACAGCUGCGUGAUAAAAUUUUGUAACUUCUCUUUCAUACCUAAUGGUUUUUGAAGGAUAGUUGCUAAGGAUUGCGAAGGAUAUUUUUGAGAAGACAUCACACUAACAAGCAUGAAACAUCCCUUUUGCCAAGGAAGUUGAAAUUUUGGAGGGGUUUAGUUGGGUUUUUUUAAAUCAAAUAGUGCACUAUUUUAUUGCUGGCUCAUCCCAUGACUUCUAUUUUUUUUAAUUAUUCAUCAAACCAUUUUGCUACUGUAUUAUCACAUAUCCACACCUGAAACUUCUGCAGUUGCAUAUUUUGAUUUUGUUUUCAGUAUGGCUUUCAGCUUAUUGUCACCAAGCAACACAGAACGAAUUCUCUUGUUGGGGUGGUGGGCGGAGAGUGACCCUGGAGUAACCUUUGCCUGUGGAACGACUGUAAAUUUCAGUGGAUGUUCCAUGUGCAGAAUGGCCACCAUGGGUUUCUGGACAGACACUUUUUUUCUGAUUUGGGAGAACACCUUCUGCUUAAUUGCUGUGCUGAAACCUGGAGAUGUACAUGAUGGAGCACUUUUGAAAGAAAUAUCCCCUGGUAGUUUGGCAUGUCUUUCUGAGGCACACAGCACAAAUCGAUGCUCAGCUCCCGUUAGAAAUUAAUGAGAACUAAGCACCUACCUUCUGCUUGUGUCUUUGAAAUUUACUGUGACAAAGAGCAUUAUUAUUAUAAUCAUUACAUUUUGUUUGAAAAACAGCUGCCAAUUCUUUAGCUGGUUUUAUUAUUUAUUUAUUUAUUUAUUUAUUAUCUUCAAAGAAGGCAACAUCUUCUAGUCCUACCGAAGUCAAUUGAUCACCAUUGAGUCCGGCAGGGCUAGGAUAUGGCCUCUACUUAAGAUUACCUUUGGGCCGACGGAUGUUUGAAUGCACCAUUGCAGGAUCAGCCUCUUUGUAAUGCAAACUUGAACUAAAAUUCAAAUUGAUUCUCACAGCUAAGCCUAGUUUUCUAAAAUACUUUUGUUUUCCCCAGCUGAAAUUUAUCUUUUUGUUUGUUGGUUUGUUCGUUUGGUCAUUUUUCCCCCCUUCCCCCUAAUUUUAGACAUUUUACAAAGAGUUUGUCCAUAAACUGAGGCUUAGCCUGCAACUUUUUAAACAGUCAGUUCCAAUUUCUGCCACAGAUUGGUCUGGAAUCCAGAUUGACAUCAACUACUCAAGCCUUGUCUACAUAAGAGAGUUGAGCUGGUAUAGAUUAAAGCAGUUGUUAAACCAGUGCAAGGCCCUGUAUGUGAACACUAGGGUUUUUUUUCUAAAGUGUCUUAUGGCCUCUUUUUCCCUGGAUUGGGUUUUGGAUUCCUUGCAUUAAUGGAGACCCAAGGGGUUCUCCUCGCCGAAAUGCUGUCUGAAGCAUGGGCUUAAUCCUGCAGCGUUUGAAUCAACACAGAAUGCAAGCUUUUGGCUAACCUUUCUCUCUCUUCCCUGUCCCGCUCUUCCAAAUUGAAGCCCUAAAGUGGUUUGUCCGCAUGGGGACUUGAACUGGUUUGACUCCAUUGGUUUGAAUUCAUGUCAGGUAAUACCUGCACAACUUUCUCAUGUUGACAAGCCCUCUGAUUUUCUUUGUGUCACAGCUCAAACAAUAAAUAUUGAAACAUUGGAGAACCAACAGAGCAGGUAAUCCAAUUCAGCAGCAAAAUGGUUGUGAUGGUGUCUCAACAGACAGAGAAAUUAUUUUUUUUACAUUUAAGACUCCUCCUCCCCAUUGUCUUUUAUGCAUAUAAGAUACACACCUUAGACAGCUGAGUUCUCUUUAAGUUUAUACUACUUUUUAUUCCUCCCCAGAAGCUCGUGGUGAACUUAGAGUAAUGUAACACAGCCUGACCAACUUCAUCAAACGUUACUGUUACUGUAUAGAAGUUGCAUAAAUUUAGCAAAAUUUAAAUUACUUUCCUGUGCAUUCUUUAAUGUAGACAGUAUCCGGGGGGUUUUCUAUGAAAGCAAUCUUCUAUUAAUUCAGUCUUCAUUGUUCAGCCCACCCUACAUGGGAAAAAUUUAAACGAUCCAUUUGAACAGUAAUAUUCCUUAUUCAGAAGCCCACACACAGCCAAGCAGGCUCCAUGUUGAAUAUCACUGGACUAGGAAGCAUUAAUUUUGUAAUCAGGCAGAGUAAGCACCAAACAUGGGGAGGUUAAAAAACCAUUUUUUUCUGGAUGUCCCAACCUUAAGUCUUUUUCCACUAUGGGACAAAUUUAAACAAGAGCUGAUUAACUAGAUUAGCCGGCAAAAAGUGUUUUGAAUUCACUUAGGACCUAUGAAUUGUGAGUUAAGCACAAGAAUUCUCAGCUGCAAACUAGAAAGGACAGAGUAUUUAAAUAAACACAUAGGUCUUCCAAAGUUGAACCUCUUGGUCUAGCAAAAUAACAUGUUGUCUUUCUUUUUCUCCCCCACAGCAAAACUAAUCAACUGGUUCGUUUUUCUUAGGACAAGACAAGUGCUCUGAGCCUGAGUAAUGUUGCUGGGGUUUUCUAUAUUCUUGUCGGAGGUCUUGGCCUUGCCAUGACGGUGGCUUUGAUAGAAUUCUGUUACAAGUCUCGGGCUGAGACCAAACGAAUGAAAA